GGUAAAUUUAUGAAUUUGUAGAAAUAUUUUUUUCCUUGAGCUUAGAAUGUUCCUAGCUAAUUAAUUACAUUUUGUUUGGUGUUAUCUAGGAAGAAAGCUGUGCAGUAGAUCAACAAAAAUGGAACUAUCGGCAAACAUCGUGCUUCUAUCCGCUUGUGAUUACAUGGGCGAAGCUAGAACAAUAUUUUAAGGGCUGAAUAAAAUUUUAAUUGUUUAUAGUUUAUAUUUUUAUAAUUUUUAAAGUAUUAAAUUAAAUUUUUAUAAUUUUAGAGAGGCGCAAGUAUAAUUUUAUUUUUAUUAAUUUAAAAUUUUAAAAAAUUUAGAGGGCCUAAAUGGUAAGUUUUCUUGCAAAGCACCAGGUCCGAUGGCAGACCCGGGUCCGAUGGCCGCCCCUGGUCCGAUGGCUGCGCCGGGUCCGAAAGUUGCGUCGGGUCCGAUGGCAGCCCCGCCCUAUAAUCGCCCCUAAACCUGAGGAGCGUGAACAGAACAUCACUUACAUGGAUGCUUCGUUGUAUAAGGCAGCAGCAGAAGGAAAAAUUGAAGUAUUCAAUAAUUACCAGGAGCUUGACCUUGAAUCGCAAAAGACCCCAAACCAUGACAACGUGCUCCAUGUUAACUUGGCAACCCACGAGCUUGCUGCCUGGUUUUCUAAUGGAAUUCUCUCAAGAACUAGAUCCUUCCCCAAAUUAUAUUUUUUCAUCCUUUUGUUUUUGUGGUUUUUCAUUAUUAAGAAAAAAAGUGAAAAAAGAUCAGAUUUUAUCAGACAAAUUCUUACCAAGUGUCCGUCACUACUACUCCAAACGAAUGCUAAAGGUCAAACUCCCUUGCACGUUGCAGCAAUGAAUGGUCAUUCUGCUAUUGUUAAACUUCUAAUCAAGUCAUGCGCAAAAGCUAGAGAUGGAGAUUUAGAGAAGCUAGAAAUGGGUCAAGUAAAUGCAGUGAGAGAGAUGCUGAGGAUCACGGAUCAGGAAUCUAACACGGCUUUACAUUUAGCAGUAAAGUAUGGCGACGUUGAAAUGGUGAAAGAAUUGUUGGAGCAUGAAGACCCUGAUUUUCAGUAUUCUGCUAACAAAAACCAGGAGACUCCACUUUACUUAGCAGCUAAGAGAGGAGACACGGGCAUGCUGAGUAUAUUAUUAGAAAUAUCGAAUUCAACUGGUCAUGGGUGCCCCCACAGUAGAACAGCUUUGCAUGCAGCAGCUAUGGCUGGAGAUAUUGCAGAGGCAACAACGAUAAUACUAAAGAAGAAUGCGAAUUUGAUAAAGGAAAGAGAUGAAGAUGGGCACACCCCUCUUCAUUAUGCUGCACACUUAGGUUGCAUUUCCGUUGUGGAAGAACUGUUAAAAACGGAUGUAUCAGCUGCCUAUAUAGGUGAUAGAAAGUUGGGGAUGACACCCCUUCUUAUGGCAGCCAGGCAAGGUUAUCUUGGAACAGUAAGAAAGAUUCUCUUUUAUUGUCCUGAUUGUUGUGAUAAAGUGGACAAAAGAGGUUUGAGUUUACUUCAUUACCUGGCUUUUAGAGACAGUCCCCAUUUUCUUUUCAUUCCUGGUGGUACUAAGCCUGAAUAUGGAUCACUCCGAAAUCUAAGGAACUUGGAAGGUGACAUUGGAUUCACACCAGACAAAGUGAGUGAUUUUAUUCGACAUGAGCAACCUUUUACGGCUGAUCUGCGAGAAAAGAAGCCAAUUGAAGACAUGUUGAAAGAUAUUGCACGUGAAAAAGUAGCAGAGUUCCCGGUUUUACCCUUUCACUUACGAACGGUCUCUGCAGAAAGCUUGGAGAAAUCAAGAGAUACUAAUUUAGUAGUGGCAGCACUUAUAGCCACUGUGGCAUUCGCAGCAGCCAUAACUGUUCCAGGUGGUUUCAAGGGUGAAAAGGGGUUAGAGCAGGGCACUCCUGUUCUGAUUCAUGAAAUAGCCUUUAAAGCAUUUGUGGUAACAAAUGCAUUGGCCUUUAUUUUCUCUAUUUGUGCCCUCGCCAUCCACUUUGGGGUUAAUGAUUUUCUUUUAUCAAGAAUACCUUUUUGGAUAACUGAUAUAACUUUAUAUCAAACUCGGUCCGCUUCUAAUCUCCUUAGUCAUGCAACAACUGCAACGGCGAUUGCUUUCAGCACAGGUAGUUAUGUGGUUUUAAAACCUUCUCAUGGACUUGCCAUCGCCUCAUGUUUCAUCUGUCCUGCCUUAUAUUUCUGUUAUUACAUAGAAGUAUUACUAGCUUGGGUGGAGAUGAUUCUGUGAUAAUAAAGAAUUUUGUCACAAAUAUUGUAUUAUAUGUGACACUAAUAAAAUAAGUGUGAUUUAAAAA